AUGGAUGAUGCAGAUGGAAAAGAAACCAACAAUGAGGUGCAAGUAUGCAAACGCCUUCGUUGUACAGAUCCUGAUCUCACAGUCUUGGUGAAAUAUCUAAACGAAGAAGAAAACGUGGCACAGAAGGAGUACUACAUGUACAGUCACGUGUUGGCUGGGUUGAGCAACUUUAUUGACACUGCUUUGUCUGUGGAUAUGAAGGAGAAAGCAACUUGCAAGAUUGUGUUUCCGGAUGUGACACCUGAGAUCUUUGAGAUGGCACUCAAGAUUUUGCUAGACCCUGUUGCUUCCCGUUCGUUGAAAGCCAAAGAUGCUAUCCAGCUGAUCAAAUUCUAUGACCAGUAUGAGUUUGCUGGAGGGGUCCAGCUUUGUGAUGACGUGUUUGCAAACUACUUCCAGCAAAAGUUGGCAGCAUACAGAGACAGCCUGUCUUCGCCUGAAGAGACUGACUUUUUUGUGGAAGCCCUUGUAUUGGUAUUUCAAUUCAAGUUGCGAAAAGCAAUGAAUGAUGGGAGAAAGUGCAUCCAAGGUAGGAUGGAACUCAAUCUGUCACGGCAUGGAAGAUUCAUGUUCACAACCGAGCACAUAGAAAAGCUGCAGCCUGCAAUCCGGAAGGGCCUAUUUGGCAGUACAUGGAGCAUGGAUUUUAACGGUCUAUUCCCUGAGGGUUUGAGCCUGGAGGAUCUGUCUUCAUCUUUGUUCCCAAAAUACUAUGUGACCUGGGCAUCUGCUGUGAUCUCAGGAUGUGCAUGCCCUCUUGUAGAGGUUUCUGGAACUGGUAAUGAUAUCGAUGGGGUUUAUGAACGAGAGAACACAAAGUAUAGGGGACAUAGGUACCGGAAAGUCGGCGCUCCCACUGAAUAUUCUGGGGCAUUCGUAAUCGAUAGGAAUGAAUUGUCAGAGGGUGGCUGGGCUAUUAUGGAAGAGGAUACGGGCGGUAAUCCCAUCAAAUUCUUCUGGGUAUGUCCCAAUUCGGCAAGUUUGGAAGUACCCCCAGAGGAAGGGCCUUGGGUCAUAUCUUGCGAAGCUGGGUAUGCAUAUAAAAGCAAGAUUCCACGAAUUCGUCUCCUUGGACCUCAAGAGCGUCGCUAAAGGCCCGUUUGUGUCUCAUGGAGGACGCUGUACCAGUACUCACUAUGCUUCUGAUUACAACUCCAAAGCAUGCUAUCCGAUUAAUUAAAAUAACCCAGCAGCACUUAUAACAUACCCACCACGUAACCAAAAAAGUACCUCAGAAAACCAGAAGGCUCCGCAGGAGGUUCACCGUGGUUUCCUGAAAACUUAGUGGCCUCACCGAGGCGAAGGCAUGCCUCAAAAGCCAAUACAAUUUUAUGGUACCCUACUUCUUGCAUCUCCGUACAGUACCACAGAAGGGUAUCCUGAAGCAAAGCCAAGAGUUUGCUGUUGAUUUUCUGCUGCAGCUGAGCUUCCUGGAAGCUGGUUGUGCACGGUAGCCACAUUCUUUUGUGGAGUGGUUACUAAUAGGGGUCUUCAAGGUUGCUCUUUCAUUCCACUUUUUUGGCACUUUUUUUUUCUUUUCUGGG